UAUGGUUCGAUCUAUACCAAGUCCUAAAACUGUUUCAAUAUUCUGGGAAAAAAGCAGAUUAGAUUCUAUUAAGAAAAUUAAAUACUUCGGCACUUUUGUUGAUCAAGAUAAUACUUAUCAAAGCUGUCUCAAGGAUGACAAAUUGUAUAUACAAGAAGAUGGGCGGUUCUUUCCAAUAAGGAACAGCAAUUCUGAUUAUAUACAAGUGAGAUUUCCUUCAAACAAGUAUCGCUUUGACUUGAUGAUGUUUUUUGCUUAUGCUGACUCAUAUCAAAAGAGGUCAAUUAAGGCAGAAAUGUCUCACACUCUUACAGUUUGUACUAUAACUUAUUCAAUAUAUACUUCAAAAAAAUACUUCUGGUAUGGAAUGGAUUGUACUGAUGAAGGUUUUGAGACAGUGAAAAUCUCUUCUGCAAACUCGCUCGAAAUAACUUUUAGAGAAAUUGAGUUCUUUGAUUUCAAUACUCCGAUAGAAACAACAACAAUAUUAGAGACAACAACUCCAGAGGAAACAACAACAGUAUUAGAGACAACAACUCCAGAAGAAACAACAAAAGCCCUGGAUACAACAUCGGUAAUAGAGACAACAACUCUAGAAGAAACAACAACAGUAUUAGAGACAACGACUCCGGAAGAAAUAACAACAGAACGGGGCACAACUGAAGAAAUUACGACAACUUCUCAAACUUCUCAAUCAUAUUAUUUCAAGGUUAUCGUUGAAAAAACUUUGAAUCUUUUAAUCACAAAUACUAUAUUAAAUAAUACGAAUUUUAACAACUGUUAUAAUGCUUGUAACAAUAAUUGUAGUGCUUUCUCAUACGAUUUUUUGAUGAAAAGUUUGCUACAAUUGGCAACCUCUUUUCCAGCAGUGUCUGAAGAUUUUACUCAUUCCUUGAUAUUAAAAGCACCAGAUAUUUAUAAAGUUUUCUGGAAGUAUAAUGAGACACACAUUACUUUCGAGGUUCAAGUAAAAACUAAAGGUUGGAUUGGUUUUGGAAUCUCACCUAACGGAGGAAUGCGAGGAUCCGAUAUUGUAAUUGGAUGGGUAAAGGAUGGCAAAACUAGCUUUACAGAUAGACAUGCAACAGGAAAUACAGUUCCUGUAAUCGAUAAAAGUCAAGAUUGGACGUUGCUUAUGGGAAAAGAGACCCCAGAAUAUACUGUUUUUAAAUUUACAAGAUUGCAAAAAAACUGUGACCUAGAAGACCGAACUAUUACGGAAGGCACAUCAAGACUGAUCUGGUCUUAUAAUGACAAUGAUCCAGAGUCUGACACACCUACAUACCAUGGCGCAUCUAAUAGAGGAGUUCAUAGCACUCAAUUGAUAUCUACAGCCCCUGUGAAAAAUAGACAAGAGAUAUUAAAAGAUGCUUUUCCCAUCGAAAUCGUUAUGAAUAAAAACAACAUACCAAAUUAUAGCGAUACUCAAUAUAAAUGUGCUAUAUUCAGUAUGCUUAAUAGCACAGAAAAACAUCAUAUUAUUAUGAUGGAGCCUAUAAUUCAAAAGGGAAAUGAAGAUUAUGUUCAUCAUUUUAUUCUCUCUGGUUGCAAUGCAGAUGCUCUUACUGAUGAAGAUGUUGGAGAAGCUUAUAACUGUUACGAAGACGACGAGAGAAUAAAGAAACAAAAAUGUUCAAAUAUAAUAACUGGAUGGGCUGUUGGUGGUCAGGAAUUUUACUUUCCUGAUGAAGUUGGGUUUCCAAUAAGCAACGAUCAGGCUAAAAAUUAUGUGCAAUUGGAAGUGCACUAUGAUAACCCAAAGUUACGCUCUGGUAUUGUUGAUAGUUCUGGAAUAAGGUUAUGGGUAACGAAAAAAUUGAGAAAAUACGAUUCUAACAUCAUUGAAGCAGGGCAUAUUGUUAAACAUAGUCAAAUUAUACCUCCAUAUGCAGAAAAUUUUGUGUCCGUUGGCCAUUGUCCCAAAGAAUGCAUUACAGAAGCAUUUACUAAGGACAAUUUGGAAGAAGUUAAUGUAUUUGCAGUAUUUUUACACUCUCACUUAAAAGGCGUCGGGAUAAAAAUUAGACAUUUUAGAAAUGAUAUAGAAUUGGAGCCAAUGGCUUAUGAUGAUAGUUAUGACUUCAAUUUUCAAGAGAUAAGAAAUUUAAAACAAAUUCGUAAGAUUAAAAAGGGAGAUCAACUUACAGUUGAGUGUACAUACAAUACUCUAUCGGAAACUAAACCUGUUUACGGAGGAUUAAGAACCAGAGAUGAAAUGUGUCUUGCUUUUAUCCUAUAUUAUCCCAAAUCUUCUUUAUCAAUAUGUUUAACGGAACCUAAGCGUAAAGUACUUGCGUUCUUUAAAAGAGAUUUAGAUUUUGAGGAUGUAGAUUGGAAGAAUCGUAAUAUUAGAGAUGCUUUUCAAUCGGUAGUAAAGUUACCGGAAGUUACUGCUGCUUGCGUAAUCAAAAAUCAAACAAUUAAGAUUUGGAGCUACAAAUUUCAAGAAGCUAAACAAAUCUACGAAAAAAAUGAUACAUGUCCUACACCGGAGACAACCCAAGCUCCAACACCAGCUCUACCACCAUAUGUUAUUUUAGAAUUUCCAAGACCAUCUGAAAUUUUCAAUCAUGAAAUUGUAUUGAAAGCUCCUGAUGUUUACAAAUUAUUCUGGAAAUACGACGAUAAAAAGAUUACUUUUGAGAUUAUGGUUAAAACUAAGGGUUGGGUUGGAUUUGGUCUAUCGCCUAAUGGAGGUAUGAAAGAUAGCGAUGUUGUUAUUGGCUGGGUGAAAGCAGGAAAAGUCUCCUUUGAGGAUAGGCAUGCUGUUGGAAAUUCGGAGCCACGACUUGACAAAAGCCAGGAUUGGAGGUUAUUAUCUGGUCAAGAAAAAGAACAUUAUACUAUUUUGAAAUUCGAAAGAAAUUUACGCACCUGCGAUCCUCAAGACAGGGACAUAAAUGAUGAAACAACCAGAUUAAUUUGGUCAUAUAACAUUGAAGAUCCUAAAGAUGGUUCACCAGCUUAUCACGGAGUAUAUAACAAAGGAACAAAGAGUCUCCAAUUGAUAGCCACACCCAAACCAAAAAAUCGGGAAGAAUUUCUAAAAAAUGCAUUCCCUGUUGACAUAUUAAAUUCUAAUUAUACAAUGCCCAUUACUAAAGAUACUAGCUACUAUUGCGAAGUGUUUAAAAUACCACCGCUUAAACAGAAACAUCAUGUUAUAGCCGCGGAAGCAAUUAUUGACAAAAAGAAUAUAGACGUAUUACAUCACAUAAUCAUCUACGGCUGUGAAACAAGUAAACUGAAAGACGAACAUGUUGGAACAUCUUGGGACUGUUUUGAUUAUGAAAUAAAUAUGGGCCCUCCGACAACAAGUUGUAGAACUGUGAUGUUUGCUUGGGCUGUUGGUGGAGAGAUUGACUUUUAUCCUGAAAAUGUAGGAUUUCCUCUCGGUGGAGAUAACGACCCUGUUUAUGUAAAAAUGGAAACACAUUACGAUAAUCCUGGUUAUAGAAAAGAUAUUGUUGACUCUUCUGGCUUAAGACUUUGGGUUACGAAAGAUCUUAGAAAAUAUGAUUUUAAUAUUAUGCAGAUGGGUCAUAUCGUUACACCAUUCCAAGUUGUUCCUCCUCAUGAAAAAAAAUUUAAAACAGUCGGUUAUUGUCCUGAGCAAUGCUCAAGUCAGGCUUUUGAAAAAGAUAAUUUGGAGGAAAUUAAUAUAUUUGCUAUUCUCCUUCAUUCUCAUUUAAAAGGAGUAGCAUUGAAAGUCAGACAUUUCCGAGAUGACAUAGAACUAAAGCCUUUGGUGGAAGACAAAACGUAUGACUUCAAUUUACAAGAAUAUCGUCCUUUCAAAAAGAUUAAAAAGUUUAAAAAGGGAGAUAGACUAAUGCUGGAGUGUAUUUACAAUACUCUUGAUGAAGAAAAACCAGUCCUGGGUGGCCUUUCAAGUAAAGAGGAAAUGUGUUUGGCUUUUGUAAUGUAUUAUCCAAGAUUGUCAAUUUCAAGAUGUGAAACUAUGCCUGAUCCUGGAAUAUUGGGACAAAUAAAUAAAUGGGGUAAAGAAGAGGUUGACUGGUCUGAUAAAUCCAAACGAAACAAGUAUCAAAUCCUCGUCGAAACGAAUACAGUUAGAGUAUCCUGCGCCGGGCACGGAAUUGAUUAUAAAAUUGAUCCACAGCCGAUAACAUUAUCACUUCCAAAAUCUCUCUACAAGCCUUUCGAGGAGAAAUGCUCUAAAACUACAACCACCGAUUCUGCUUCAAGAAAUGCAAGCACUAAUCUAAUUUUCUACGUCUUAAGACUCAAUUCUGUUUAA